UCUGAACCGGAAAUAGAAUGACCGUAAGGUGCCUGACCGAAACGACCAUAUUGGUUUUUAUUUGACAUCAAGAUGCUAAAUAGUCAGCCAAAAGAAACUGCGACCGUGUGACAUGAAUGUUGUGACAACAUUGAAGAAAACAGGUACAGAGGAGCUCAGAUCUGUCUCCGGGCUCACGGCAGGUUUUGUCUGUCCCGCCUCUCCCGGUCUGGAUCUCUGCCCGCCAGAGUCACUUUGGUCCGAACUUACAGUGCUCACCAUCAGCCCGGCUCCCCUCCGCCCAUUAACCCCACCCCUCCUGAUGGCAAGGGCGGAGCCGAGUUGGUGAAGGAGCGUACCCUGGCUGCCUUACAGCAUGCAGGUGAUAUGGGGCUGCAGUGGGGUCAGAGGUUUGCUGAUACGGCCAACGCCUCGGUCAACUACUGGUGGGGGAGGUACGAGGAGUUCGUCGGGCUCAAUGAGGUCCGCGUGGCCCAGAGCAAGGUCCAUGAGGCUGAGGCCGCGUUCAUGGUGGCCAGAGGGAUGGUGCGCGAGGCUCAUGGCAACCUGGAGGCCCUGCAGGCAAGGCUGAAGGAGGUCAGAGACCGGCUGGACAGAGUCUCCCGGGAGGAGGCCCAUUACCUGGAGCUGGCCACGCUGGAGCACAAACUACUGCAGGAGGAGCGCCGUCUCCGGACAGCCUAUGAGAACGCAGAGGGUUCGGAGAGGGAGAAGUUCGCCUUGUUUUCAGCGGGUGUCAGGGAGUCCCACGAGAAGGAGAGGACGAGAGCAGAACGCACCAAGAACUGGUCCAUCAUCGGCUCGGUGCUCGGAGCCCUGAUCGGUGUCAUGGGAUCGACGUACAUCAACCGCGUCCGCCUGCAGGAGCUGAAGAGUCUGCUGCUGGAGGCCCAGAAAGGCCCAGAGAGCCUGCAGGAAGCCCUCCGAGUCCAGGCUGGAAACCAUCGCUACCAGCAGGACGAGCUCCAAGCGCUCAUCAACAGCCUCAGGGUGGCUCUGAAUGACGCCUUCACACAGAGGGACACUGUCCCUCAGGACAAGAGAGCUCCGACCCCAGACUCCCCCACGGUGCCUCUUUCAGCCUUAAAAGACCUCCAGACCGGCAGCCAAAACACAGAGUCCCUUCUGGAGUCCGUCCAGCCACAACUGGGACAACUGGAGCAAGGACUCGGUAGAGUUGAGGGUGAAUUGUCGGUGGUGAGGCGGCUGCUGGAAACCAGACCAGAGGCUGAAACACAGGCUGCUCAGCCGCAGUUAGCAAGCCCAGAGAGUGCACGGAGACCAGAUAGAGAGGACCAGUGGGAGCCGGAGGCGGUGGUGAGGCAUCUGGAGGAGACCCAGAGGACGCUGGGAGAACGAAUUAGGACAAACACUUUUUAUAACGCGGUGUUUACCUACACAGCCACUGCCAUUACCAUCUCUGCUGUCUACCUGCUGCUCAGGGGACCUGGUUAGACCCGAUACCUGAAUAUGUUCACAUGCACUGUACCAAUAUCAAUCACUGGGGGUAAUAUCUAUUGAAUUAUGUCAGAAUACAACAUUUACUUGGUUGGAAGUAACUUGGAUCUCUAAUAAACUUGUUACAGGUGUUAAAUUGGGUUUAUCUUCUACUGCUGCUGUUUACUGCACUACUAGUCUCGCUUUGCCAGACCAUCCACACGAUGCGGGUCUGCGAGGGUCUGGCUAGUCCACGCAGCAUUCCUGGAUGGGAGAAAAAUCUGCUCUGGCUUAUAUGCAUUUCUUUAAACCACUCACAAUCGGCAUGGGCCCAUAGCGCUCCACAGAGCCGCUGUAACGCAGUCGUGUGAAAGAAAACUCUGAUUGGACCGAUAGUGUAGCUAGCGGUCUGGAUUUACCCUGCAAGGAUCUGCAGUUAACCGUAGUCCUCAUAAACCCACCAGAGUUUACAAUUCUAACGCGGAGAAAGCGGAAGGAAAUAGACAUUGGAGAAAAAUACAUGCAUAUCUCGUGGCACCGGUAGAAAUAGAACGUCACGGUUACAGACUCCUCCUUGCCUCUAAAUGUUUUUAAUUAUGUGUUGUCAAGAUAAAACGUUAACUAGCUCGACCUUUGGCUUAAUUCAAGCAAUGCUGCAUUCAACUGCCAUGCGUCAGCAGUCGUCAGUAUUUAUCUUUAUUUCUUGUUUUUCUUA